CCCGCAUCUGGUCUUUUGCCUGCCCUCGCUCGCCGUGUGCACGAAGGCCAGGAUCGCAGAGUCCAUUUGCCGGGUUUUACACCCACCAUGAGUGCCGAGGCAGCCCCGGCCGUCGUGCCUGAGACGCUUCUCAAGAAGCGCAAGAGGGAUGAGCAAUGGGCUGCCGCGAAGUCCGCGGAGCUCUCCGCUGCGAAGACCCGGAACGCAAAGAAUCGUACUCUGAUCUUCAAGCGUGCCCAGCAGUAUCAGGAGGAGUACGAGAAGCAGGAGAAGGAAAUUAUUAGUUUGAAGAGGGAGGCUAAGCUCAAGGGUGGAUUCUAUGUCGAGCCAGAACCUAAACUUAUGUUUGUCAUUCGAAUCCGUGGUAUCAACGACAUGCACCCCAAGGUUAGAAAGAUCAUGCAGCUGUUGAGGCUUAGACAGAUCUUCAACGGUGUGUUCAUGAAGGUGAACAAGGCCACUGUGAAUAUGUUGCGCAGAGUUGAGCCUUAUGUCACAUACGGGUAUCCGAACUUGAAAACCGUUAGGGAGUUGAUCUACAAGCGUGGAUAUGGUAAGUUGAACAAGUCCCGCUCCGCGUUGACCGAUAACAGUGUCAUUGAGCAGGCACUUGGCAAGUUCGGUAUUAUCUGCAUUGAAGAUCUUAUUCACGAGAUUUACACUGUUGGUCCUCACUUCAAGGAGGCCAACAACUUUUUGUGGCCCUUUAAGCUUAGCGCCCCUCUUGGUGGUCUCACGAAGAAGAGAAACCACUACGUGGAGCACGGUGACGCUGGCAACAGAGAGGCCAAGUUGAACAACCUUGUCCGCCAGAUGAACUAAUGGUUUUUAUCCAUUGUUUAUUUAUGCGGUUAUUAUGUAGUAAAAUUUUUACUAAAUUAUGAGGUUUCCAUUUUUGUGAUUUUGACCUCAGCGUGAAUAUCAGGUGUCGGUGUUGAUCUC